UCGACCUUAUCUACACGACAUGUUAAUCGAAAAGUCACGUGACUCGAAAAUUUAAGGUCUUUUUCCAUUUUUUAUCUUCCAACUCUUUUACUAGCUGUCCACAGCGAGAUAAACGAAAAUGGUGAAGAUUAUGAAAACAGGGAAGGUGGUACUGGUCCUUAGUGGCCGGUACGCCGGACGCAAGGCAAUUGUCGUCAAAAAUUUUGAUGAAGGCACUACUGAUAAGCAGUAUGCUCAUGCUUUGGUUGCUGGUAUCGACAGAUACCCACGUAAGGUCCACAAGAGGAUGGGCAAAGCAAAGAUCCACAAGAGAUCAAAGAUAAAGCCAUUUGUCAAAGUUCUUAAUCACAAUCAUUUGAUGCCAACAAGAUACACUGUUGAUCUUGCUGUUGACAAAAUCACUACCAAGGACUUGAAAGAUCCAAUGAAGAAAAAGAAGGUUCGCUUCCAAACACGUGUCAAAUUCGAAGAAAGAUACAAGAUGGGCAAAAACAAAUGGUUCUUCCAAAAGCUUCGUUUCUAAAUGACCACCUUAAUUAUUUUAUACAAAAAAAAAUAAUAAAAAUAAUAACUAAAAAAAUAAAA